GCGGCAGCAGCGGCGCAAAAUGGCGGACAGGUUCUCUCGCUUCAACGAGGAUAGGGACUUCCAGGGCAAUCACUUUGAUCAAUAUGAAGAAGGGCACCUGGAGAUAGAGCAGGCGUCUCUAGACAAGCCUAUAGAAUCGCCCAGUUUUUAAAGCCAGGAUAAUAUUGGACACCGCUUACUCCAGAAACAUGGGUGGAAGCUGGGCCAGGGAUUGGGAAAGUCACUGCAGGCUUCACGGAGGCAGCGCAGUUGGAUGGUGAUCGUGCCCUGUCCCUGGGGAUGCAUCGCUGUGAGCGUCGCUCGCCGACUCCAGGCACCUAUUGACCUUUUACGGCCCUUUACAGUGGGGUUUGUGCCGCAGGUGACUGAACAAACUGACACUUACCCACCAGAGCAAAUCCAGCGAUGUGAUUGUGAAUCUCCCCAGUGCUGCCUUCAUGCAGCUGUGUUUCUAAUCUCUGUGGCAGUCCAUUUCCAAGAGCCAUUAAAACCUCCUAGAAGGUUGUCUCUUACCGUGGUUUUGUUUUCUGUUGUAGUAUAAAAAUAGUGAGUAAAUAAAAAUCCUCCGCGCUCAACAAGAUCACAUUCGGUUGUUUGUAUCCUCCCGAGACGCUUAGUUCAUGAAAUUCUCCUCCAAUGAAGAGUGUGAUAUCAGUCAGUCCUCUAGGAUUAUAUCCCACAAAGCUUGUGAAGAUGUCAGCAUAGUGAGUAGGAUAAGGCUGUUCUGAUACCCCUCUGGUGCUUAUAUGCUAUGCAUAAACGAUACACUGAAAUAAUUUGAUUGAAUUAAGUUAACACAUAAUUUUGAGGCUACAUUUUUUUUUUUUCCCCCCCAAUGGGAGCAUCCUGUUCUUUCUCUGUCAUUAAACAGACCUCCAGAAAUGUCUUCUCUUUGUUGCAGUGCAUGAUAUUGCUGGAGGGAGGAGUUCUUCUGAAUCUGCAAAUCGUUGACGAAAACUGUUUUCUGUUUUGACUGUUUAAAAAAAAAAAAAAAAGGAUAAAAUGUGCGGUAGUGUUGACAACGCCAGCAUUUCUAGACGGGCUCAGAUGGCAGGUCCAUCUGGUGCAGCGUCCUGUUUCGAAGAGCAGAGGAGCAUCUACCCAGUGUCCAGAGAUGGAGCACGCACCCUGCAGCUGCCAACUGUGAAAUGAUAAUCCUCUGUGUCCAGCAUGACUUGGUGUCUGAUAUUAAAGCCCUGAAGCAUUAGGAUUAACUCUUUUCUCAAGAUUUGUUAAUUUACAGCACUGCUGGCAAAAUAUUUGCUCAUUUCCCAUAACUUUGUGCAAUUAAAAAGGAGGGAAUUUAGAGAGGCGUGCCUGGCAAGGUGCUGCCUGCAGCUGCACACCCCUAGGAAAAGGGGCGGCUGUAGGGGCGUAUUUGGGGGUGAGCAGGUUUUCACAAGCUGGGAAAAAGCUUUCCCCAUUUCUUUGGGAAGAGGAAGGCGAACCCAGUAUAUCUGGUCAGUUUUGUUGAAAUCUCAUUUCGUUUCUGAAUUAAGGAAAUAAUUGCAAACUUAAUUUACUUUAAGACAUAGGAUUUUCUAAGGCGCAACUCUUGCGUAAGCUGGUUGGUUUUCCCAUCCUGCUGGACAUUUAUGUUUUGUCCUUUCUGCAGAGGCUUUCCCCUUCUGUGGAAAUGUUCUGUACAACAACCCUCUCUGGUGUGGGGUUUGUAGCCUGUGUAAUGUGACCACUCUGUAAAGGAAAGAGUUUGUCAUCUGAUUCAGGAAAAAAAUUAAUUUUCUGGGGUGUAGGGGGACAGGGCAUGGACACAGCUUUGUAUGUUCUGCAUGAUUUACCGUCUAGGGGGUUAGUUGUUGAUGUGGCACCGCUUGCAACCCUGCGUAGUGGCAUGAAGCGUGGGAAUUCUCGCCCUUUCUUUAAAGUUCAGUUUUGCCCUUCAAAGUACGGUGGUGUACCCGAAAAGGGUCAGCAGGAACCCUAAACCUGGGAGCCCUACACAGAACCGCGUUUACAUGCUGGUAAAGAUCCUGUUGUCACGCACAGCAGCUCUAGAAUCAAUUUUCUUGAGGAAAUUCUUUAAAAGGAGAACUUAAAGAGCUUAACUUUCAAAGUCCCUUUUUCCCCUUUGGCUGUUCUCCAUCUUCCACCCAGCCCACUUGGCAGUCAGCAGGGUGAGGGGUGGCCCUUUGGCAGCAGCCCGUUCCUUUCCCCGAGCCCUAGUGGCUUUGGGAGGACACCGAGCAAGGGUCCCCCGGCCCUGGUGACCCACCGCCCGGCAGCGUGUCCUGCUGACCGGGAUGGAGCCGCGGUUUCGGUGCUGGGGCUGAGCACCGCUGCCCGUAGCUGCGUUACGUGCUCAGGGUGCUCAGGCUUAGCACUUGUGGGCUGGAUGUCAUGCUGGCUGGCUGCCGUGGUAUUUAAUUCGUAAUGAAAUGAUGGAUUAAAACAAAGGCGUUGCUUUUCACGUUCGGUAUUCUCCUCUUACCUGAAAGCAGAGCUCCUCUUGACCCAAAAUAUUCGUAACUGCCUUAAUAUCCUGAUCUGCUUCCUUUUUAAACUGCCUGCUGAAAUGUGCCUCGGUGCCUCUUUUAAAUUGGGCUGUCCACCAGGAGCUCAACCUGCAGCUCUGAAAACAAGUAACUGCUCAAAACCUACCCGCUCCCUGAUUCCACAGGGCGAAGCAUGGUCGUGGGGUGGAGGGGUGAGGAAGAAGCCUCGUAUUAUUAUUAGUUUUAGUUUUAGUUUUUUUAAAACCCAUCCUACCUGCCUACUACAAACGGCCUAUUUUCUGCCCCUAAUGGUUUCUGCCUAACAAAUGGUGUUUCUUUUUUACAGCGUUAUGAUCCUGGACUUGUUGUGGUGAUGGUAAACUUAGCAGUGGUAAUUUUUUAUUUUCAGACUGAAUUACUCCUUUUGUCAUCAGUGCACCAAUAUGUUAGGCUUACUUUCUCUGUUGUAGCCAUCAUCCUUCUGCUUGGUCUUUCAUUUUCCUUUCCUUUCCUUUCUUUAUGCACACUUGUCUGAUCCUUGUUCAUUAAAGGUUAUUGCUAAGAAGGGAUGUUUCUGUUUGUGUUAGAACUGCCAAAAUCAGUUUAAACAUAAAUUUCUAAUACUGUCCAAACUUGAUUUUUCCCCAACACGAUGGGCACUAGCACUUGCUACUGCAAUUUCCAAAUAGAUUUUGAAAAAAAAAAUAAAACAAAAAAACAAACAAACUUUGACUGCCUUAGAAGGCAAAAGUACUGAUGCAUUGUUUGUACACAGGGGUUUACCAGGGCAAUGAGGCUGCAUCCAAAGUUCUCCAUUGCUGGAGAAACAAACAAAAAAAAAAACCCCAAAAAAACCCCAAAGCCAAAACCUAAACCAAAACAAAAAGAAAAAAGCUUGGGAAAAAAACACCCAAAAACCAAACCAAAUUGUUGGCACUCGCUGCCAGCCAUUCCAUUUGGGUUCACCACUUACCAGUAAAUCCCUGGCUGAGACGUUAUGAAAGUGAUAUUGCACUUAGGAAGUCAUUUUUAUAACCUGUCUUUAAUUUGGUCCUUUUGCUAAAAAUUGCAGUCACUGCUUACUUUAUUAUACCAUUGGGCGUAAGAGAAACAUUUUCAAAUGGAGAACACUUAAAAUACCCAAAAAAACCCUCAAUUCAAAAUAUCAUUUUGGAUCAGUGUGAUAACUCUUUUUGGACUUGGUGGAUAUAUGCCUGUCAAAUUUAUGGGCAUAUAAACAAAACCAUGAAGCGAUUCAUUAAAUGGACUUGUUUCUGAAAAAAACACAUGCCUCUGUACUUUGAGUUAAAAAGACACCAGUCUGACCAGAGUAGGUUCCUUUUGAGGACUGGGUGCAGUCUGAGAUCUGUGGGCUGUUGCUUUUGAGGGUCAGAGAAAGCUGAUAUUGGAGAAGACAGAAGCUGAUGCCUAUACAGGUUUUUCUGAGGCAGUUUUAAAGACUUUUAACGUUUUACGCAUGUGGAUGGCAAUGGAAUAUUUUUGGCAUGAUUAAAACCUAUAGAUCUUUUAGCCCAAAGGUAUAAUAUAUGUGUAUGUGUGUAUAACAAAACAGUUGUUUACACCAAAACAAGAGCAAUAAUAAGGGAAGUAAACAUUCUGUUUUUUUACUCAAGGUAUGCACCGGAUAAGGUAAGUACUUUUUCAGUGGGCUUACAUCACAACGAACAGCGCGAGUUGUGAUGUAAAAAUAAAAAUAAUAAUAAUAAUAAAAAAAAAGCUGUGGUAGUAAAGUGCUUGUCUGCCCCAUUUUGCUUUGUUUGGCUGGUUAUGAGUGGAUUAAAGAUAUGUUUUUUUAAAAAAAAUAAAUAAAAAUCUCCAGCAUAGUUUGAUUAGUUCAAAGUCAAUUUUCUUCGCAACUAGUCCUUUUCACAGCUUACAGAUGACACAGCGAGUGCUAGAACAUCUCUGCAGGAGCUGGGGAAGCAGGUGCUUGACCACCUGGCCUGGACCAGGCGGUCGUUUUGGAUGAAAGAAGUUUGGCUUCUGUGCCACGCUUCUCAGUCAGCUUUCCUUACUCUUGGGAAGGGACAAAAGUUGGCGGGAGGGAGGCUUCCACGGCUUUUACAGGAAAGUCCUGAUCAAUUAUUAAUGUGGUAGGGCAGUAAAAUGUAUCUAACAGCUUUUUCACUUGUAUCGGAAGAUGAGGAGUAGGCAUUACCUGGUGUGGAAGCAUUGAGGGAAAGGUUAAUUUCUCAAGUCCUGGCAACAGCCUUGCCCUAGGACUUGUCACGGUUGAACAUUAACCAUGAGAAUAUUUUACGUGACCAGUUAAUAUUCGGAAAAUACCAUUUAUCAGUAUUCAAGGUGCAUUUACCUGGAACCGGUUUGGAGCUGAGAAGCGGGUUUGGCUGUAAGCUGUGAGAAUGGCUUGUGUUUGGUUCACUGUAGCUUUCUGGUCUCUGCACUCCAAGGCAAGAUCUCUAACCACCCAAACCCAAUGUGUAAAGCGAGCUGGGGUGGCAGACCAAGCGCUGACCGCCUCUCUGUGUGUUCCUCUUACAGGGAGGACAGAUCCCAUCCCUAUCGUCGUCAAGUACGAUGUCAUGGGCAUGGGGAGGAUGGAAAUGGAGCUUGACUACGCCGAAGAUGCCACUGAGCGGAGGCGUGUACUGGAGGUGGAGAAAGAAGACACCGAGGAGCUGAGGCAGAAAUACAAGGAUUAUGUUGAUAAAGAAAAGGCAAUUGCCAAGGCUUUGGAAGACCUCAGAGCAAACUUCUACUGUGAACUCUGUGACAAGCAGUAUCAAAAGCAUCAAGAGUUUGACAACCACAUAAACUCUUAUGAUCAUGCUCACAAGCAGGAAGGAACUCAGGAUUAUUGCGAAACAGGGAUGAUAGCUGAUGUAUUGAAAGCAAACCCUUCUAAUUUUGGAGCCCAGAUCACAAGAAGGUUGAAAGAUCUCAAGCAAAGGGAAUUUGCUCGCAAUGUCUCUUCAAGAUCACGUAAAGAUGAAAGGAAGCAGGAGAAAGCCCUCCGACGUCUGCAUGAACUGGCAGAACAGAGGAGGCAGCCUGAAUGUGCUCCUGGAAGUGGACCCAUGUUCAGAACCACCACUGUGGCUGUGGAUGAGGAAGGCGGAGACGAUGACGAUUCUGCAGCCAACAGCAGUUCUUUCAUCCAGAUGACUUCUGGCCAAGCUACAGAGAUGACAAUGGACAGAGGUUUCCUAAGCACUGGACAAGUCGGUGGCACUGUUAUGCCAAGCCAAAUGCCCGUCCAGACAGCGCAAGCGAUCGGCUUCGGCAUUAAGAACACUUUGGGAACUCCGCUGCAGAAGAUAGGCGUGUCGUUUUCAUUUGCUAAGAAGACUCCGGUAAAGCUGGAGACCAUAGCUUCUGUUUUCAAGGACCACGUGGAAGAAUCAAGCUCUGCAGAUGGAGCAAAAGCUGACGAGAGAGGGUCCUCGGAUGCGGGGAGCCUGCAGAAGUCUGGCGAGGGCGAAAGCACAAAUAAUUCGGAUGGCAAGACAGAGGAAGAUGACCAACAUGACAAAGACAGCGGGUCUCUAGCCACUACAUUAUCUAAACUAAAAAAGAUGAGGCGAGAAGAUGGACCAAUGGCAGCUGAACCAGAAUACUACCACUAUAUUCCCCCAGCCCACUGUAAAGUAAAGCCUAAUUUUCAAUUCCUGCUUUUCAUGAAGUCUACGGAACAAAUGGAAGCUGAAAACAUGAACAAAAAAAACACGCAUGAAGUUAAAAAGGGUAGUUCUCCAAAACCCAAACCCAGCAAGCACACAGAGAAGGCUGCUGAGAGCACGGGGCAGCAGAAGGAGCAGAGUACUACUGAAACUGCAGCUCAGCAGGGCAAAACAGAGCUAAAAGAAGUCCUAGAAAAUGCAAGUGUGCAGGAGAGCACGCAUCUUACAGAGAGCAACGUCCCCGAGCCAGACACUACUAAAGAAGUUGCUCAGCCUGUCUCAGGCUGUAAAGAUGCCUCUGAAGGACCAAAGCAUCCGACAGGACCUUUUUUCCCUGUUCUGAGUAAAGAUGAGAGCACAACUCUCCAGUGGCCUUCAGAGCUUCUCAUAUUUACCAAAGCAGAACCGUCUGUUUCAUACAGUUGUAACCCCCUGUAUUUUGAUUUCAAGCUCUCUCGCAACAAAGAUGGUAAAGGUAAAGGGGCAGAGAAAUCGAAGGACACAGGGAGUCUUUGUAAAGAAAACAGUCAGAGCACAGAAUCCGGUGAGAUAAGCAAACCCAAGGAGGCAGAAAGUAUAGGUAACAGUUCUGCUCUAAAAAUGGAAAACAAAUCUCUGUCCACCUGUGGCUCCCAGAACAAGCAAGAGUGCAGUUUGGCAAGCGCUAGUAAGGGGGAGGGAGAGGAGAGUAGUAAAAGCAUAAUUGGUAAGAAUAAGUCUGGAAGAUCCCACAAACACAAAAAGAAAAAGAAGCACAAAAAGUCCAGCAAACACAAACGCAAACACAAGGAGGAAGCCGAUGAGAAGGGCCGGAAAACUGACCUGGGGGAGGAGAAACCCAAGAAACGGAAAAGACGCAGGCACAGAAAAGGCAAAUCAUCUCUUUCUGCUGAGUCGGAACGGGUGCUAAAAACUGAACUGUCUGAAGACUGUAGCCAUUUCCAGAAGAAAAAGCGGUGCUCUCAGGAGUCCCAGAGGAAGUCUCUGUCUGCUGAAGAGGGAAGCAGUGGUAAGAAAGAGGAUGGUGGUAACUCCUGCCAAGAGCAUGGCAGCAAAAAACACAAGACUGACCUGCAGCAGUUACCUGCUUCGAGGAGACGGUGUUUGGCUCCUUCCCUGGGCAGGGCCGGCCGCAGGAGCCGGCAGAGCAGCGGGGACUACGACAGCGACGAGGGCUCCCACGGGAAGCACUGCCAGCAGAAAUCCCCGUCGCAGUACAGCGAUGACUAUGACUCCGGCAGCGAGCACUCCAGGAGCCGCUCCAGGUCGGGGCGGAGGCACUCCUCUCACAGGUCGUAUUCGAGCAGCUCUGACGUUUCCACGGACCACAGCCGGUACAGCCGUCGGAGAAGUUACUCGGAUGAUAGCUACAGCGAUUACAGUGACCAGUCGAGGUGCCAUUCCAAGCGGUCCCAGGACUCUGAGGAUGACUCUGACUACAACAGCUCAAAUCACAGAUCGAAGCGGCGCAAGUAUUCUUCUUCUGAAGAUGACUACAGCUCGAGUAGGAGCAGGUCAAGGAGUCGAAGCAGGAGCCGAACCCACCCUCGAGGCAGGUCAAGAACAAGGAGCCGGGGCAGAACACGCAGCAGCAGCUGCAGCCGCAGUCGAAGCAAGAGGAGAAGCCGAAGCGUGACAGGUCGCAGCUGGAAACGGAGCCGCAGCUAUAGCAGGGAUCGCAGCCGCAGCACGAGGAGCCACUCGCAGAGGUCUCUCUCAAGAAAGGGCUCACGAGGCCACGAGAGCCCCGAAGAGAGGAGGUCUGGGAGAAGAGACUUCAUCAGGUCCAAAAUCUAUCGCUCACAAUCUCCUCACUAUUUCCGGACAGGCCGAAGCGAAGGAUCAUUGCUGAAGAAAGAAGAUGGCAAAGGAGAGGACCUGAAAGGAUCUGGCUCGCUCUCCCAAAACAGCAGCGGCUCUGGCACGGGGAGGGCCUCGGAAGGUGACUGUAGUCCGGAAGAGAGAAACUCCGUCACUGCAAAACUACUCCUGGAAAAGAUUCAAUCCAGGAAGGUUGAGAAGAAGCCCUGCGUUGCUGAUGAGAUGCUGUCGGGGGCAAACAAGGUGGGCAUAAAGCUCAAAGAUCCUCCCCAGGGCUACUUUGGCCCAAAACUUCCUCCUUCCUUGGGCAACAAACCGGUUCUCCCCUUAAUUGGGAAACUGCCAACGAUUCGAAAACCAAACACCAAAAGAUAUGAAGAGUCUGGCUUGGAGAGGGGCGAGGAGCAAGAGCUGUCGGAUUCUGAGGAUGCUUCCCAAGGCAUGGAGGAGGCUCAGUUGGGCAACCAGUCUCUCCUGGAAGAAGUGGUGAUGGUGAUUCAGGAUAAACCUUUGGAUGAGCAGAAACGCGAGGAACCUGCCGUGGAAAUGCCGUCCAUGCCUCUCGAAGCACCGACACUCCCCGAGUGCUUUGGCUCUGGAGAUCUGGUCAUGUCACACAACUUCCUCUCGGAUCCAAGUGAUGGCGAUGGGCUAGAACGUAUGGAAGGGGGCAACCAGCCGGUCCCAGUGGAAACCAGUAUGAUGCCCUUAGUUCCAGAUGUCGAUCACUUUUCUGGCUAUGUGCCUCAGAGCGGGGAGCCCAGCAUCGAAGGGGAUCGGGAAGGGGGAGAAGAUUCCUCUCUAGCACCGCUCGAGAGCCAGCCCAUCACUUUUACACCCGAAGAAAUGGAGAAGUACAGUAAGCUGCAGCAAGCUGCGCAGCAGCACAUUCAGCAGCAGCUUCUGGCAAAGCAGGUCAAGGCCUUUCCUGCCUCGGCAGCCCUGGCGCCGGCAGCGCCUGCCCUGCAGCCCAUCCACAUUCAGCAGCCAGCAGCGGCAUCCGCAACCUCCAUCACCACCGUGCAGCACGCCAUCCUGCAGCACCACGCAGCCGCCGCCGCCGCCGCCAUCGGGAUUCACCCUCACCCCCAUCCCCAGCCUCUCGCUCAGGUUCAUCAUAUCCCCCAGCCCCACCUGACACCCAUUUCUUUAUCCCAUUUGACCCACUCGAUUAUUCCAGGGCACCCUGCUACGUUUCUAGCCAGCCACCCCAUCCACAUCAUUCCAGCAUCAGCUAUCCAUCCGGGCCCCUUUACUUUUCAUCCAGUUCCUCAUGCUCUUUACCCAACCCUUCUCGCCCCGAGACCUGCUGCUGCUGCGGCCGCUACGGCGUUACAUCUUCACCCUUUGCUGCACCCCAUUUUCUCAGGACAGGACUUGCAGCAUCCACCCAGUCACGGCACAUGAAGGACAAAAUGAAGUAACCUUGGAGGAAGGAGAAUUUUUUGCGUUUUGGGAAGGGGCUUGAAGUUGAUCCGGUUGGCAGGUGAGAAUUUCCUUUCACUUCUUUAGCAGCCAAAGAAGCCAAAGGCUCGAGGGCUGGGUAGCAGCAGGCGACAGGUCGGUUUGUACGCGUUGUAUAUCUGCUACCAGGGACUCUCGCGUCCCCGACACCUCCGUGCACACCGCCGCGCUCUAGCCUAGAAGAACCAUUUCACGUGUAGACCAGCAAGAUACUCGGCGAGGCUUUUUUCCCUGGAUUCUUACCCUUGGUCAUCUUCCUUCUGCCGCCUUGUAGAUGAUAAAUGAGAUUUCAUACAGACUCAUAGGGCUCUCAAAAUCUUUUUUUUUUUUAAUCAGGUCAUCUAAUCAAAAUAGCAUGAUUGAAUCCAGCUUGUAAUCAGCGAUAAAACAUUCAGUAACUGACAGCUGUGGGUCCUGGCGAGGAGACCGGUGGAGGGCAGCGCCGCUCUUGCUUUGGCUGGGCAGGUACCAGUUGUCAGGCAUUACAGGAGGUUUCUUGGCUGCAUCCUUGGGGGGGGGUUUCCCUCGGCAUGAGCCGCAAAGGUGGAAGUAAGAUCUUAUUUUAAAGCCGAAGAGAGGAGCUGCACGUGCGCCUGGAGCUCUGACCCUUCUCCAUCCUGCAUUAGCAUUCUCCUGCGCGAGGGCUGCACCUUGACGCCUUCUGGAUAUCCUGGACUUGGAGAGAGGUUCUCGCUUUGGGGGUUGGGGAUUUCAAUCUGGGCUUUGACCACUCUUCUCCGGAGAGGAGCGGGGGGGGAAAACAAUAAAUGUCAUUCUGACUUCCAUCUUUUGUGGUGUUGGGAAAGAGACACUUGGAUGAGAGAGAGAAGAAAAAUCCCUUUAGGAAUUGAAGCAAUACAGAGGACUGGGGAGAGUGGCCGGGGUAUGUAAAGCGUGUUCUUUCCUCUGUAAUACUGAUGGUUUCUUUAUUAAUUUAUAGGAUUUUUUUUUUAUGUAAAGAAUUGCACUGAACUCUGUAAACAAAGAUGCUGCUUUUUGUAGCUCAUAUAAAAAGGUUACAUUUGUAGUAUACCGCAAUAAUAUUUUUUACAGCCAGUUCUUUUAGUGGUACUUGUUCUGGUGGCUUUUGUGUAAAUAUGUUUGCUGUAGGUGAAAUAAGACACUUGUAAAGGUUCAACUUUAUAGUUUCAGCUAGAUGCAAAAUGACUAAGCAUGUAUAUUUUAUCAAGCUCAUGUAUUUUUGAAGUUUUUAUGUACUAUAAAAUGUAAAAAAAAAAUAAUCUUCAUUUAGCAUUUUGCAGAAGAAAAAAAAAGCGAGACUUGGACUAGGUGAGGUGCGUGGACGACACUGGUGACUCUAACAGCUAAUGAAUGGCAUUGGGAGGCGGUGGCUGCCGGCUUGGCGGAGGGAAGCAGCUACUGGAGGCAGUCUCAGGAGCGUCAGGAGUUUGGGUUGUCUCCCAGAAUAUAAAAUACCCCCUCCCAGCCUUGUUUUUUCCUCCCCCCACCCCAGGGUGAUUUGGAGGUGCCAGCUUGGCUGUGCGGUUGAGUACAGCCUUCUGGUGAAGGAAGAGCCUUUUUCCCGUAACGAUUUGUCACUUUACAUGCAGGCAGAGGUGGUUUAGGACUGAUCUGUUGAGGCUGUGCCUGCCCGUGAUGUUCCGUAAGGGAUUUCUCCGUUGGUUCUGACACUGCAGCUAACACUAAGCGUGGGAGGCUUCUCCAUCCGCAGGCUCUUCCCGUCGCACCAGGAUGAGUUGCCGCUGUCCCUGCUGACCCGGGUAUUCCGGGGUUCAAGGUCCUUCUCGUGUUAGAGCCGUUCAGGGGCACCUUGGGGGGCUUUGUAGGGCCUGAUUUCAGAGCAGGCAGCGAGGGGGGAUGCGGAGCACGUGCCGGCUGCGUGGCAUCCCCCUCCCCAUCCUCCCCUGAAGCGCAGCACCGAGACCCGGGCAGAGGUUCGAAGGAUCGAAAAUUCUUGAGCUUCGUCACUCUUUAAGGUCGGACUGAAACACAAUGGUAAAAAAAAAAAAAAAAAAAGGGACUCAAUUUCUCUGUAAAUAAUUAACAGAAUACAGUAUUAAUGUCUCAAUGCUGAGCUUCAUUAGCUUCUAGAUUCAAUACGCGUGUUCUGGCACCCUUCACACUGCAGUCAGGGGUUUUGGUUUUUUUUUUUUGACUUCCAGAAUAGUGCUAAAAAUAAUUAACCUAUCAUUACUUAACAGGCAUAAACAGACUGUAUUUAACUUUGUCACAUAAGAGAUAUAUAUAUAUAUAAAUAUAUAUAUAUGCUGUAAAAUGAGGGGAGAAAAACCUUUCUAAUAAACCAAUGAUUUGUGGAAAAAAAA